AUGCGAUGGAUAUUUUGGAUGGAAAGCACUUUGCAUGCUAUUACUUUAUGUCGAAUAACACAGUGGAAAAAAAAAAAAAAAACAUGUAAGAUACCAGUUAACAACAGUCAAGAAGCCAAUGAAGGCAGUUUCCAGAAACUAGAAGUGAACUUUCCUUCAUUUGUCCUUGGUGAAUCUAAACUGUGCCAGAACUAA